AUGGACCAAGCCUCAGAUCACCCUCCGGAACCGCGACGACCUCUCCACCUCCUAACCCUCCCGCCCGAAAUCCUCCUCCUCAUCCUCCGCCACGUCUCCUUCGCCGACAUCGUCCGCCUACGCCGCACCUGCAAACCCCUCCGUUCCCUCGCCAGCCCGCAGCAAAUCCGCAUCCUCCUCGGUCCCGACCGCCUCCGCGCCCAGCUGCUCGGCCACUGCAGGAACUGUCUAGUUCACGACCCCUUCCGUGCCCGUCUACUGCAGCAGUCCCACGCCGACCCGGGGUAUCCCUUGGCCAGCCGCUGUCUGGACUGUGCGCUGAAAGCCCGCGACCCGAGGAUCCGUGUCGGCAGGAAGGUGACGUUUGCGAAUUUUGAGACGGUUUGGGUGUGCAGAUGGUGUGGAUGGCCGGUGACGGAGGGCGCGGCGUUUGGGAGUGAGCAGUUUCAUCGGGUGUGUUAUAAGAGGUAUAAGGAUUGUUUGUUUGGGCAUUUGAUUUUGGGGGUGGUGCAGCUGGGGUUGGGGAUUGUGGCGGCUGCCCUGGCGUGGAGGUAUUUUCGGCAUGUGGUCAUGGUGCUGGCCCCGACGGUGACGGGGUUUAUCUUGCUGUGGGUUUGUCUGGUUUUGGUGGCAUGGAGGAACAGAAGGAGGACGUACCAUUGGAGUUUGGUUAUGGAGCUGGCCAUCUUGGGGCUUUGGAUACCGCCGGUGUACUACCUUGGGACUGAGAUCGCUCGCGCAGGGGACCAGCCGGUCCCAAGGAGCACCCAGGCUGCUUUGGCCAUGUUUGCCUUGAAUAUGCUGUUUCGACUCUUCAACGUCCUCGGGAACAUUGUGAUUCUCUCGAGAUUCGAUACCACGGAAUGGCAUCGAACGGGCGUUGCUUCAUGGAAGAGGCCGCUAUGCCACCUAGCACGGGUCUUUGUCUUUUGGACUUAUCCUUACUCACUUGAGGAGAAACCACGGUAA